AUGGACGCAGUGGAUGCAGUCGAAAUUCAGAUCUGCGUGGACAACCAAGUCAAAGAUGGAGUGUGCAUGCAGAGCGACGAAAUGCGAGCAAUGCCAGAGCUGGCCUUCCAUGUGAUUUGUCAGCGCGUAGAACAGGCCCUGUGUGGCAAGGUGCUGAAGCGAAUUACGUACAUCGAUGAUGAGGGAGACGCAUGCACGCUGACCAAAGGAAGCUUGGCCGAUGCGUUGGACCAAUGCAGGAAUGGUCUUUUGUACCUCCACGUCGUCGAGGAGCCACAACCAAGUCCCCAACAAAGCAACGGUCCUUCAGAGGAUGUCAAGGUCGUGCACUCGAAGUUGGGCUUGGAAUACGUUGCCUUCACGGAAGGGGUUCAGGCAUGGUCCGACCGAGAGUAUGUGUACAAGAACAUCCCGGAAGACCUGAUGGCCUCCACUUUGAUCCGAUCGGAGCACAUCGUGCCGACCAACACAUCCUUUCGGGUGGAGGUGCCCGCUGGGGCGGCGAUCUACAUCUUCAGCGAGGCGCAUCGAGAUGGAGGCUUCCCAGCACUUGGAUGGCAAAAGUGCGAUGCCAAGCGCUUUCGCUGGGAGCAGAAGAGCUCUGGAAAGUCUUAUGCAUUGAGCCUUUGGAAGUGUCAUGCCGGGGGCGUGCCGGUCACCAUCCCUGUGAACGAAUCUCUUGUGGGUGGUAUUGCAGUGAAGGUGACGACACCAUACUCUCAAGCCGAGCAAGCGCUGCGGAAGCUCUAUGGCCUCGUUGGUGAAGGCAACAUGAAGAAGACAUGGCAGAAACUUGGAGAAGCAGGUCUUGCACUUAUGGCCAAGCAUCAAGAUGUUUGGAAAGAUGACUGGAUCCCCUUGAUCCAACCCCUGCACUGCCUCAACAGCGGCAAUUUUCAUGAACAAGAAUUGCCAUCCUUUGUGCAGCUGGCUCUCGAUCUCUAUCAGAAGAUGGACGAUGGGCUGAAAACAAGUAUCGCUAGCUCGUUCAAAAGCACCAUCGACCAGCUCCUGGAGGAACAACCCUUGGAGAUUCACCCGAACAUCAUUUGCGACGGUUGUGAGACAGACCCGCUGAUCGGCAAGCGUUACAAGUGCCUGACAUGCAAGGACUACGAUCUUUGUCAAGUUUGCUAUGCCAAUCAUGACUCAGUCCAUCCAGGCCAUGAGUUCGAGAUCAGGCCUGGCCUUUUGUGUGAGAGCCGCCCUCAUCUUGAAAUCUCCGUGACCUGCGAUGGAUGUGGCAAGCGACCUCUUCAGGCUGAGGAUCGCUUCAAGUGUUCCGACUGUGCCGACUAUGACUUAUGUGGUCAGUGCUUUCAGGGCAGAAGUCUUAUCCACCCCGUGCACGACAGCUGGGACUACAUGGGACAGAGACUUUGCCAUCCAAGUGCUCCGCCAGCUGAGCCUGAAGCUGAGGCAUGCUUCGAGGAGACCAUGAAGAGCCCUGGACCAACCUGCGAAGCUUCCCUCAUGGAAACCAAGGCUUCCUCGGAACCUCCGGAGCUCGCCAAGGCCAUGGAGAUGCAGUCCGAGGUAGAGAUCCCUGCACCAUUUGCACUCACUGACAUGGAGCAGGAAAAGACCCCUGCACUCGAGCUGCCGAAGGAUAUGCCCGAACCGAAACAGGCCUGGCUCGAGGAGGAGGAGAUGCUGCCGGCAGUCAUCAGUGAAGCUGAGUUGGAUCCCAAGGUGGCGGCUGCCGCGUUGGCCAAGCUGAUGUCCAGCACAAACGCAUCACUUCGUGAAGCAGCCCACAGGGCCUUUAGUGAAGCGGCUUUGGAAGUCGCUUUGCGCACCGCAAGCUCCAAGCCGGGAAGUCCGAGUCAGGCACAGGAGUCGGGAUCAGACAUUUCUGACGACUGGGAGAGGCUGGAUGGAGUUGGAUCUGAGAACACUUCUGAGAACGAGGAUUGGCAGAUGGAUGUCGCACCACAGGGCGAGCAACCUCACGUUCCUUUUCGUGUCAAGGUUGUGUUCGUCUCUCAUCUCCUGAGUGACACGAAGCUGAUGAAGCCCUGCAACAACCUGAUGAAGCUCUCACCCUGGCAGGGAGCCGAGGCCUUCCUGCUCGAAAAGUUGGAAAUCCACCACGCCGCCGCACUACAUACCACGAAAGCGCUGGUCAAGAUCGUGGUCGUCAACGAUGGCGCUGAAGCAUGGCCAGAGGUGUGUGCUUUGAAGCUCCAGGAAGGCCCUUCAUGGGGCUUUUUAGAGAUGCCUUUGGGACCCGUGAAGCCGGGCGAGACGGUCGAGCUUGUGAUGGAUCUUGCCUUCAAUCCUGGCACUUGUGGAGAAACUUUGACCUCUGCCUGGGCGGUGGUGGAUGAGAAUGACACACCCCUUGGACCGCCCCUGCUGCUGGAAGUGAUGCGGACCUAG